AUGCAGGUUACCGCGGCGCUGAAGAGGAGGUGGCGACUGGGGGAGGGUGGUGGCCACGUGGAGAUGCUGGAGAACUGGGCGCUGCAUGCAGACAAGGUGGGGCUGCGAGGGCACUCCAUCAUCUUUGCUGCGGAGAGGCAGUGCUUCGACUAUGCCAACCAGAAAUGGCCUGGGCAGGCACUGCUGCUGGACUUAGAGGACGAGUUCGUGCAGGACGAUGCAAAGGUGGACCUGUCGCAAGAAAUCGGAUACCAUUCCGCGGGCUUCCUCCGAGUGACCUCCCGCCGGGCCGUGUACAUCCUGCACCUGCUCGCCUUUGGCUUCUCCGUCCUCUACUCCGAUAUCGACCUCGCUCCUGCAAAACCCCCUCCCAUUCUUCGCUCCCCUCUCCUCCUCUCCCUCCUCUGCCUCGCCUCCUGCCGCUUAUCCGCCGAACGAAUUCGACGUGUUCAUCACCGCAGAUCAAGCCUGGAUGGACGGCCCAGAUCACACGCCAAGGCGCUUGUUUCCCUGUGGGCAUACAACAUGGUGAAGAGAGGAAGUUUUGUUGCCAACGAGAACGACCAGCACCACCUCGGCCAUGUCAUCACGAUGAUGAGAGAGCGAGGGAUUGACGCCAAUAUCGGCGUGCUGCCCGGGAAAAAAUUCCCGUCGGGCGAGUUGAUGAAAAACAAUAUGACGAGUUUCAUGGAGAUAAAGGCGGGGGUGGUGAUGGUGCAUGCCAACUAUGUGGUGGGGAAGCGGAGUAAAAUUGACCGGUUGAUUGAGGCUGGGGUGUGGCUGCUGCCACCUCCGGCAAAAGAGGGAGAGGAGGAGGGGCAGGGAGGCGAGGAAGGAGAGGAGGAGAUGGAGAGGAGGUUGAUGGGAUUGGCGGAGUGGGUGCCGUCACAUUUGGAUGCGGUUUUGAGGGUGGCGCCUGGUGUGGCCAGGGAUGGGCCGCUCAUUCUCACCGUGCUCUGCCAUGAAGUGGACCUGCAGGCCUGCAUGAAGCGCAUGGGGGCGCGCCCUCAUUUCCAAUCCCUGGCCACCCGCAUUUCUCUCCGAUACCCACCUCAUGCGCUUCCCCCCUCCCCAUUUCCGAUACCCACCCCAUGCGCCUUCCCCUCCCCCCCCCACCAAGCUUCCGUUUUUACUGUACCUCUACCUGCCAACGCUCCCUCCAGUAAUAUUAUCCGCCAACCUGCCUCGGUUGCUUCUACUGGCGGCAGUGGGAGUGAGGAGAGGCCAGGGGAGAAGGCAGAGGAGAGGGACAGGCUAGCGUGCCUGCUGAUGCCAGCACUGCUGGCCUCCCGCCUCCUUGCUGCCAACAUCACGGUGCUGUUUAGUGACCCGUCAACUGCAUGGCUUCGUAACCCCCUGCCUUUCCUCCCAGCUACCUUCUCUGUCCUCCUCCCCUCCACCUCCCACUCCCCCACCCCCCCCACCCUCGACACCACCACUCCCACCCCUUUCAACCGAUCCCACCUUGGCUCUCUCUCCCCCUGGCUGCUGCUGCUCCGCCCCUCCUCUCCUUCCUCCUCCUCCUCCGCUGACCCCCCUUCCUCUCACGCCCUCGCCCUCUCCUGGGAACUACACGCACUCAAGUCUCUGUCGAAAGAACCAUCUCUUUCAGACAAGGGGGAGGGAGAUGGUGGGAGCACACCCCUUGCCUUGUCUGUCGCAGUGCAAAGUGCUUUCAACCACGCCAUAGCAAGUGUGGUGGAAGCACAGGCAGGUGAACGGGCAGGUGAAGGGGCAGGUGAAGGGGCAGGUGGUGAAGGAAUCACGAUCGGGGUUUUGCCUGCGUUUUUUGUUUUUUCCAAGGAGGGGGGGGGGAGGGAAGGGGGGGGAGGUGGGGGGGUGGGCGAGGAGGGAGGGGAGGGGGGGAGGAAGGGGAGGGGGGGAGGGAGGGGAGGGGGGAAGGAGUGGAGGGGGGGGAGGGAGGGGAGGGGGGGAGGGAGGGGAGGGGGGGAGGGAGGGGAGGGGGGCAGGGGUGGGGUUGGAUGA